CAACCAAGCCAAGAGCCAGCCAGUGUUUCACCAAACAGAUUACAGGUUAUCAAAAAUCAAAGGUUAAUGCCCAAUCCUGGACUGAAGCUCAAAGAUUUUAACAGGAACUACAAAGGAUCGUCAUGGGGCUUGGUGCACACCGCAGAGGGAUGAUGACGUUCCGUGAGAGCCAGCGGAGGUCAAAGGUGAAACUGGGGGCUAGUAUAGCGGCCUGUGUCGUCUUCAUCCUGGGAGCGCUAGCUGUUGGAGCAUACUUCCUGGUGGAGCACCUAACGGGCGAAGACUACUUCUUCUGCUAUCACACUCUGAAAUUCAUCACAAUGGACGCAACCUGUGAUGGGAAAGUGGACUGCCGAUAUGGAGAAGAUGAGGCUCACUGUAUCACAAAUGUCACCAGUUACAGAACCUUCCCAGUCCGUCUUGUGAGUGAUAGUUUGGUGCUGCAGGUGUACUCUGAUGACGGUGGCUGGAGAUAUGUAUGUGCUGAGAACUGGAGGAGGCGGCACACCCAGCACACCUGCCGGCAACUAGGCUACACAGAAAGUCCUCGCAGUGUUUGGGUCCCAGUGCCCAGCCUGCCUUCCCAUCUUCCCAAGGCCUUCAGUGCGUUGCAUACUCCAAAUUCAUCACAACAUACCCAUGUGCACGCAAGUGUCACACCACAGGAGUCUUGUUCCUCUGGCUCAGUCAUCUCGUUAUCCUGUUCAGACUGUGGGUUUGCGGUGGGCGAGGACAGGAUAGUGGGUGGCAGCAACAGCGUCAUCGAGGAGUGGCCGUGGCAGGCCAGCCUACAAUGGAGAGGUCAGCACAGGUGUGGUGGCGCACUCAUCUCCCGCAGAUGGGUCAUCACCGCAGCACACUGUUUCACAAGGGGAAAGAAGGAAGUGGAGUACUGGCGCGUGGUGCUGGGCCGGACAGAGAUGGGGUCCUCUGGGGGUGUUCCAGUGGACAAAAUCGUCAUUCACAGCAGCUACAAACAAACAUCAAAUGACUACGACAUUACCUUGUUGCAUCUCUCCAAACCUGUGAAACCCAGAGACUCGGUCCAUCCAGUAUGUCUGCCUCCAUAUCAUCUGCCUCUCAAGACUGGAGAGCCACUGAUGGUGACUGGAUGGGGCCUGCUUCAGGAGAAUGGUGAGCUAGCCCAUGUCCUGCAGAAGGCUGUGGUUCCCCUGAUUGACAAGAAGAGUUGUAGCCAACCCUCUGUUUAUAGCACUUCCAUCACGUCCCGGAUGCUCUGCGCUGGCUAUAUGGAGGGUGACGUGGAUUCCUGUCAGGGUGAUAGUGGAGGUCCUCUGGUGUACCUCACCUCUCAUUGGCAGCUGGUGGGCGUAGUAAGUUGGGGAAUAGGGUGCGCCCGUGACAAUCGCCCAGGAGUCUACACCAACGUCAGUACACUACUGGAGUGGAUCCACACAGUCAUCCAGAAUUCUUCAUAAACAACCACCGAUUGCUCUGGAAGCACCAGGUGAUGCUUUAAAAAGCGAGACUUACCACAUGAUGAAUCUCACAAAAAUUACUUGAAAUGUGUUUGUGAAGUAUUGCAGUAUAUGCAUUGUCUUAUGGAGUUGUUGGUGCCAUUGUUUUUAUGUAUAGACAUUGUCAUACUUAAUGUUUUUUAAAUGCUCCAGGGACAGCAUGAAACCAAUAAGGGUAAGAAUCAGUGACGCCGUACAACGUGUUUUUUUUAUUCAAAACUGUUAUUUAUUAAGCUUUUGUAAUAAAGACAAUAUAAUUGA